AUGGAACAAGACAAUCAAACCAUGGUGACAUUUUUCAUCAUAAAAGGAAUUUCAGACAUUCCAGAGUUGCAGGCUCCGAUCUUCCUUCUGGUUCUUUUUAUUUAUCUCUUCACUGUUGGUGGAAAUAUGACAAUUUUUCUGCUGGUCUGCCUGGAUCAUCAUCUCCACACCCCCAUGUACUUUUUCUUGGUAAAUCUAUCCAUGAUUGAUAUGUGCUCUACAACUGUCACUCUACACAAGAUCCUUCUUAUAGGUCUAACUGGGGAUCAAGCAAUUUCAUACUUCAGUUGCAUAGCCCAGAUAUAUUUCUUUGGAAGCUUCAUUAGUGAUGAACUAUUGUUCCUUACUGCAAUGAGUUAUGACAGAUAUGUAGCAGUGUGUAAUCCUUUGAGAUACACAGUUAUCAUGAAUCACAGGACCUGCACUCUUCUGGCCUCCGUCUGUUGGUCUCUUGGUUUUAUAGAAAUAUUACCAUAUGCUGUUUUGGUUACUGGCUUUUCCUGUUACGGAUCUAACAUAGUCAACCACUUCUUUUGUGACCUUGUGCCAGUCAUAAAACUCUCUUGCAGCAACACUUCGGUUCUGGAGAUUUUAUUCAUAGUUGAAGGGGUAGUCCUGCUGGCUCUUGGUCCUUUCUUGUUAACUGUUCUGUCCUACGUUUUUAUAAUCACUGCCAUACUAAGGAUUCAUUCCAGCACAGGAAGACGUAAAGCUUUCUACACAUGUUCCUCACACCUCACAGUUGUCAUCCUUCUCUAUACUACCUUAAUCUACCAAUACUUAAAACCCAUUACAGCCGAUAGUCUAGAGUACAAUAAGCUACUCUCCCUGUUUAACACAGCGGCUGUCCCCAUAUUGAACCCUCUCAUCUACAGCCUUAAAAACAAAGAUGUGAAGUCAGCUUUGAAGAAGAGAUUGCAGCUUCUGAAGUUUAAAAAAUAA